UUGAUAGACUAAGUGGAGAAUUUGUGGAGAAAUGGUAGUUGGAGCUGCUUCUUGUCCGACGUCACUCCAGGAGUCAGGUUGAGACCUUUAGCGCGCAUGGCCGCCGUCUGCGGGCGCUCACGCCCGGCCUGGCGGGCCUUUCCCGCCGCGGAUUUUGGCUCUUCGCUGUUGACCUUUGGGGAAGCGAAGAAACAGUGCACCUCCCGAUUUCUGCAUUUCCCCCUGUUGCCGUCGGCUACUCACUCUGCGCGCUGCGGCCCGCGCCCGGAGCCGCCCCUCCCGAGGGCGGUAACUACGAGGGCAACGGCCAAAGGCGGCACUGCGGUGGCGAUGGCGGCGCCCCCUGCAACGGCCGCCGAAGAACCCCCACAGCCGCAGCCGCAUGCCCCGGAGCCCGGCCCGGGGAGCACCAAGGGAGGGCGAGAGGACAGCAGAGCUGGUCGCCUCUCAUUCUGUACGAAGGUGUGCUAUGGCAUUGGUGGGGUCCCCAACCAGAUAGCCUCCAGUGCCACAGCCUUUUACCUGCAGCUCUUCCUGCUUGAUAUAGCACAGAUCCCUGCCGCCCAGGUGUCACUUGUUCUGUUUGGUGGAAAAGUGUCCGGGGCGGCUGCUGACCCUGUGGCUGGGUUCUUCAUCAACAGAAGCAGGAGGACGGGGUCUGGACGGCUUAUGCCUUGGGUGCUGGGCUGCACCCCCUUCAUUGCCCUGGCCUACUUCUUCCUGUGGUUCCUGCCCCCCUUCACCAGCCUGCGAGGCCUCUGGUACAUGACCUGCUACUGCCUGUUCCAGGCCCUGGCCACGUUCUUCCAGGUGCCCUACACGGCGCUCACCAUGCUGCUAACCCCCUGCCCAAGGGAGCGGGACUCAGCCACUGCCUACCGGAUGACCGUGGAGAUGGCGGGAACACUGAUGGGGGCCACCGUCCAUGGGCUCAUUGUGUCUGGAGCCCACAGACCCCACAGGUGCGAGGCCACUGCGACCCCGGGCCCGGUCACCGUCUCCCCCAAUGCAGCCCAUCUCUACUGUAUUGCAGCUGCUGUGGUUGCAGCAACUUACCCCGUGUGCAGCAGUUUACUGUGCCUAGGGGUGAAGGAGCGGCCAGACCCCUCUGCUCCAGCCUCAGGCCCAGGCUUGAGCUUCCUGGCUGGGCUGGGUCUCACUACCCGGCAUCCCCCCUACCUGAAGCUGGUGGUCUCCUUCCUGUUCAUCUCUGCUGCUGUUCAGGUGGAGCAGAGCUACCUGGUCCUGUUCUGUACACAUGCCUCCCAGCUACACGACCACGUCCAGGGCCUGGUGCUAACUGUCCUGGUCUCAGCCGUGCUGAGCACCCCGCUAUGGGAGUGGGUUCUCCAGCACUUUGGGAAGAUGACGUCAGCCUUCGGGAUCUUUGUGAUGGUGCCCUUUGUGAUCUUGCUGGCUGCUGUGCCCGCAGCACCUGUGGCUUAUGUCGUGGCCUUUGUAUCUGGCGUGAGCAUCGCUGUGUCCUUGCUGCUACCCUGGUCCAUGCUGCCAGACAUGGUGGAUGACUUUCAGCUGCGGCACCACUACGGGCCAGGCCUGGAGACCAUCUUCUACUCCUCCUAUGUCUUCUUUACCAAGCUGUCUGGCGCGUGUGCCUUGGGCAUCUCCACCCUCAGUCUGCAGUUCUCGGGGUACCAGGCAGGGGCCUGCAAGCAGGCGGAGGAGGUGGUGGUUACCCUCAAGGUCCUCAUCGGCGCCGUGCCCACCUGCAUGAUCCUCGCCGGGCUCUGCAUCCUCAUGGUUGGCUCCACUGCAAAGACGCCCAGCCAGGAUGCCUCCCGCCGGCUGAGCCUUCGGAGGAGGACCAGCUACAGCCUGGCCUAAAGCUUGGGAGGGCCACCGUGAAUGGAUACAGGAGCCAGCAUCCUCGGGGCCUGACGUCGCCCUCCUCAGCCCUUCAGCAACCGGCCUGGCCGUUCAGCAUGCGGCCUUUUUCUCUGGAAUGUGGAGUCUUCAACGAUGUGUUCUGAAGGGACCGGCCUGUGCUCCAGUACCCCCACUUGGCAUUUCUUGUCUGUUGCUAUCAGGCUAUCUCAGAUAUAGGCCUGUGCCCCUGACUAGCCCCGCAGCACCUGUCUCUGGAAAAAGGAAGCCCCUGCCCAACCUGGCUUGUGGACCGUGUGGGAGCCCCAGGCCCAGCAACCUGCGUGGAUGGCAGAGCUCCCCAACAGGACACACACAAGGACUCUUGUUUGUCCCAAGGCUCCAGUAGACAUCUGCUGAGGACACAGAGAGGUGAGAGACACCAUGUGAAAGGGCAGAGUGGGGACAUGCCAGAGAUGUACGAUUAGGGAGACACAGACAGACCCAGGGAGGCCAGCGGGCCCCAGGGAGACCGAGACAGCCGUGGCGAUGGCAACUGAACAGGACCGGUCGCUGAGGUGCUCGCUCCUCAAGCCUCUUCGCGUUCCCGCCCAUUAAUGCGACUCUUUCUAUCAGGGUCAGAAAUGGCUAUCGAGCCAGCAA